AUGGGUCCCCCUGCUCGGCUAGUGGCUGCCUUUACAUGGGCCCAAAAGUCAGUCGAAUGGGUUGAUGAGCAGGGCCAUGUAGAAUGGCUGAAGAAAUGGCAUCGAGUGCCAUGGUCCUCAUGGUUUUCCGGUUUUGGCUGUGCAGAGAUGGCCUUGAGCAUGAUAGCUAGUGCCUUGGCCAAGCAGACCGGGAAGACAGUGGUCCCAUUCAGCCAGAGCUAUCAAUUUGAGAUAGCAAACAAGGCCAGGUUGGCCAGUAGAGAAUGCCUUGAAGACCAUGUGUGUCAGCACCAGGACAUACUCAGACUUCUUGAUGAUGCAAACAGAAAGAAGCUAAAGAUUCUGGAGGAUUCGUGCGAGAAGCCAUCGGAGGACCUUUGGACUUUCCUCUUGGACAAGAAGUAUGAUAUCUUCAUUCUGGAGAAGUACCUGGAGGUGGUGAAUGAUCCAGCUGCAAUCUAUGCAUCCUUGGUGGAGCACGUUCAAAGCCUCAUCGAGCCGGUUAGUGUAUACGAUGCUGCGUGGAUGACAUAUGAGGAGAACGAACGCGACUUUCGAGGAGAGAUGAUAGCCAAUAGGAAUGCAAAUUCCACAGUUGCCGCACAUGAAGUCCACAGCGUCAACCUCUCUGACUGGACACCUCUUCUCUCCGACAUCGAGCAGAAAAAUUACCAGCAAUACCUUCAAAGUCUUGGACAAGACAGCCUGCCAAGGCAUGAGCGCGAGAUACGAGGAGUAUGUGUGGGUCAGGACCCUGUCUUCAUGAAUAUGUCUGGGAGUCCUUCCAAGCUCCCAGCCUUUACAACAGAUUCAACAAAGCGAAUCAUGCUCACAGACCGGGACCGUUGGCUGACAGCGGCAGAGAAGGUUGCUGUGACAGGAUUUCCCGUUCACAAGGACUACCAAGGCUUUGUGUUAUAG